UGUAUUUGCGUCCCGCGGAACCGAUUUUCUAAUCGUUAAUAAAUUUUAAAUAGAAGACCGACCGAUAUGUCGACCAAACGAAAAAUUCCGAUGAGCAAGAAGAGUCGCGGAAAAUCGAGAAAGGUCGAAUACGACGAGGAAGACAUCUCCAGUGAGCAUGAUUCAGAUGUUGAUGACGCCGAGACCGGUUCGAAUGCUGACGGUGAGGACGCUGCCGAAGAUGACCUUACCGAUGUCUCCAGUAUUCCAGAAUUGCCGCCACCAGAGGGUGGAUGGGGUAAACCUGGAACGUUGCUCAUGUGCGGUCUUACAAAUUGGGAGAUGGCCGGUCGCAAAGCUCCGCCGAAAGGAGUUAAAGUUAACAUAGGACGCAGUUUAUGGACACCCCAUACUUUUAAAAACCUCAACGGCGCACGGGUCAGAAUGAUCGCCUCUGGUCCGGCUGCUUCCCAUAGUAUUAUCGUUACCGAGGAUAAUAGAUGCCUUGCUUUUGGUAGAAAUGAUAAAGGUCAGUUGGGCGUCGGUGAUGCGAAACGUCGGGACGAACCUACCGAAGUUACAGCAUUAAAGGGUCAUACGGUUAUAGCAGCAUUUUGUGGUCGUAAUCAUACCUUGAUUCUAACAAGUCGUGGCAUAGUUUUUGCCGCCGGAGACAAUAAAUUGGGUCAAUGUGGCGUGGGAAAAACUGACGCCUGCAUUGUCUCCGCCACUAAAGUAAAAUAUACUGGUCCGCCUAUAGUGAAAGUAGGAUGCGGUGCGGAGUUUUCAAUGAUUCUAGACAUUAAAGGUGGUUUGCACUCGUUCGGAAGCCCGGAGUAUGGAGCCUUGGGUCAUAACACGGAUGGGAAAUAUUUCAUAACAAAUACAAAAAUGGCAUUUCAUUUCGAGAAAGUGCCUAAGAGAAUCGUUUUUUACGUCGAGAGAUCGAAAGACGGCCACGUUACGCCUUUAGAUCGCGUUGAGAUUACAGACUUCAGUUGCGGUCAUUAUCAUACCGUCGCGAUCGACAGUAAAAACCGUGCGUUCUCUUGGGGAUUCGGCGGUAUCGGACGUUUGGGUCACAACGAGCAACGAGACGAGUUCGUGCCCCGUUUAAUUAAGUUCUUAGAGCCACCUAACCGAGGCGUUAGAGCCGUGCAUUGUGGCAGCACGUACAGUAUUGCCAUCAAUGUUCAUGGGACAGCCUUAAUGUUCGGACAAACGAAACGUACCGGGGAAGCCAAUAUGUAUCCAAAACCGAUUCAAGAUUUGUCUGGCUGGGAGAUCAGAUGCGUUGGUUGUUCACAAACGAGCGUGGUAGUUGCGGCUGAUGAUUCGGUUAUCGCUUGGGGCGCUAGUCCAACAUUCGGCGAAUUGGGCUUUGGCGAAAUGCGCAAAUCCUCGACCACCCCGAUGGAAGUGAAAGCAGUGGAAGGUUUAUACAUUACUGCCGUUACGUGCGGCAUCUCUCAUACGCUUAUGAUUUGUCGCGACGAAUCCGAGGAUGAGAAAAACAAAAUCGACAAACUUCAAGUAUAUUCGGUUUAAAUCGCGCGAUUCACAGUCGCGAGGCAAAAGCUACCAAAUCACCGCGUCGGCGUGUUAAGAAAUUUUUUUUUUGUUUUCAUUUGCAAACAUUAUCAUAUUUACGAUCAGAUUAUAAACAAAAAGAAAAAAAGAAAAAAAAAAAUACAUCAUUACGUUUAAUGAUAAUUAUUCCAAUAGCUUAAAGUAUAGCUUAAAAAGAUCUGUGAGUGGUUUAUUAACAACUGCUCGGACCUAACCCAGACUGCGAAAAACGUCCAUACAAAAUAGACUUAAACUAUUACUUACUAUGUACUUCCAUCUUUACUUAACGUACGAAGGAAAGUUUACCAUAAUAGAGAACCCCAUUCUGUUAGUAGCUCAGGAUAUAGACCAAACGAAUAGAUGCAAAACUAUAUUUUGAUACGUUGCUAUUUUAUUGAUGUACUUUGUAUCUUUGUCCAGAAUGAAAAAUAGUUGACGCACGGGGAAGAGUGUGCCGAAAACGGGAAAGAAAUCGUUAUGGAAUUUCAUCGCGUAAUAUCUUUACAACUUUUCUUUUCCUUUUUAAUCUACUAUAUGGAAAUAGUCUGUAUCAUUGAUUCAUUACAGUAGUACCUGAAUCAUUAAAUCUGCAGAAAUCGUUUUUAUAUUUUAUAUAAUAAACGCAUAGAGAAAUAUCAUUGAUGUCGAUAUUUUAUACACUCUUCGGUAUUACUUUAUUCGAAGUAA